AAUCGAGUAAGGGAGCGCGAGGUGAGGCGGGUGCUGGUGGCGCAUUCCGCUGCCGCAGCACGCACACACGCAGAGUGUUUCCACGCGUCGCCAGUGGGCGCAAGUUUCUGCGCCGCGCACAAAGAGGAGAGGAGAGAAGAGAGGCAGAGGCAGAGGCAGAUCCCGCCGUGGGAUGCGCGCAUCGAGAACCGCCGCUCACUGGCACCGCUGUCCUCCCUGUUUAUUGGCCGCACCCGGCGGAGUGACGAUUGCUGGAGAGGAUCGAGGAAGGGCGGCCGUUACCCAGCGGCUGUGAAAAUCGCGGCUUGCCGGGACGGGGGUGGGCGGAUUUGUGGAGGUGGACGCGCACCUGCACGGAGCAGGAUCGAGUCGAGAGCACGGAAAUAACAGCUGCGGGCUUCCAGGCGCGCAAACGCUUUGCGGCACGCGAGCGGAUACUGGAAUUACCGUCAAAGCGGUUUCAUCGAGCGGAAGCGAUAGCGUCGCACGGAGAAAAUUGAAACUAUUUUUCUCUCAAGGAGAGAACUCCAUUGACAAGUACUUGGAUGAGAGUCCCAUUAGCCCUGCGCUAACUAAAGAUGGUGUUACCAUGGAAACAAAUUGUACUUCUAUCAAUCACGGGAUGCCUCGCAGCAUUUCCAGACGAUGUCAAAUUUCAAGGGCCAAGAUUGAGGGCGGAGCCAGUUGACCUCGUUUUGCCGAUCAACUCGCCCAACCAGCAGGCCACCAUUAUUUGUGAUGCGGAAGGGAGCCCGACUCCGCAAUACAGCUGGUCACUCAACGGAACACUCAUCGAUCUUGAGAAUGACUACCGGCGUCGCAUGUCUGGAGGCAGCCUGAUCAUUAGCAACCCGGACAAGGACCGAGACUGCGGCAUUUACCAGUGCAAAGCCUUCAACGCCAUAGGGGCCAUCCUGAGCCGCAAGGCGAGCGUCCAAUUUGCUUAUCUAGAUAACUUCAAAACGCAAACGGUGAGAAGUACAGUCAAUGUCCGAGAAGGUCAAGGAGUGGUUCUCUUAUGUGGCCCGCCAGCACAUUCUGGAGAGCUGACUUUUGCAUGGAUCUUCAAUCAAUAUCCUCAUUUCGUUCAACAAGACAGUCGUCGCUUCAUCUCACAGGAGACUGGCAGUCUGUACAUAGCCAAAGUAGAACCCUCGGAUGUGGGCAACUACACUUGUGUGGUUAACAACACUAUCACAGAGGAGAAGGUGUUCAGCUCCCCGACACCACUGGUCCUAAGAAGUGACGGAGUAAUGGGAGAAUAUGAACCCAAAAUAGAGGUUCAUUUCCCUGACUCGAUUCCAGCCGCAAAGGAAUCACUUGUGAAACUGGAAUGUUUUGCACUGGGAAACCCUGUGCCAGAAAUCAGCUGGAGAAGAACAAGUGGAGUCCCUUUCCCAAGUAAAGUCAAAAUGAAAAACUCAAACGCCGUUCUGGAAAUACCAAAUUUCCAGCAGGAAGAUGCGGGAAACUACGAGUGUAUUGCUGAAAAUCGACGGGGCAAAAAUGCAGCGCGGGGUCGUAUCUCAUUCCAUGCUAAACCUCACUGGUUCCAGACAAUGGCAGACACAGUUCUGUCCAUCCACCAAAAGCUGUUCUGGGAGUGCAAGGCUACUGGAAAGCCUAAACCGUCGUACAGCUGGCUGAAGAACGGCGAGCACGUGAUCACGGAGGGCCGGAUACAAAUCGAAAACGGGGCUCUGUCCAUACCUACUUUAAACUUGUCGGAUUCUGGAAUGUAUCAGUGUGUCGCCGAAAACAAACAUGGCGUUAUUUAUUCCUCUGCCCAGCUAAUGGUGUUAGCAUCACCUCCUAGUUUCUCUAAAAGUCCAUUAAAGGCCCUGGUAAAAGCUCGCCUAGGUAGCGAAGUCAUUCUUGAAUGCAAGCCCCAAGCCUCGCCCGCAGCGAUUAGCCUGUGGAAAAAGGACAACGAGAUGCUGCAGAGAAAUGAAAGAAUGACACUCUUUUCCAGCGGAACAUUAAAGAUUACCAACGUAAGCAGAAGUGAUGCAGCCAGCUAUACGUGCAUUGCUAAGAACCAGUUUGGGUCAGCAAGCACCACUGGAAGGCUGGUCGUUACCGAGCCAAGCAGAAUCACUAUGAGGCCCACGAAUAUUGAGAUUAUUGUUGGCGAGAGCAUCGUGCUGCCGUGCCAGAUCGCCAGCGAUCCAGCUCUGGACGUCUCUUUCUCAUGGGCAUUUAAUGGCCAGCUCAUCGACUUCCAGCAAGACGGCGAUCAUUUUGAGAGAGUGGGCGGGAGCGUGUCAGGGGAUCUGAUGAUUCGAAACAUUCAACUGAACCACGGUGGGAAGUACGUCUGCGUUAUUGACACGGAGGUUGAGAAUCUGUCCACCUCUGCCAUUCUGGUUGUGAAAGGUCCACCGGGUCCUCCAGACAAAGUGACGGUGGAGGAAAUCACAGACAGCACGGCGCAGCUUUCCUGGACUCCUGGAACAGACAAUGGAAGCCCCAUCACCGGUUAUGUCAUCCAGGGUCGCACUCCUUUCACUGUGGGCUGGCAGGCGGUGGAGACGGUGCCUGAAAUGGUGAAUGGUAACACACUGACCGCGACAGUGGUGGGGCUAAACGCUUGGGUGGAGUAUGAGUUCCGAGUUGUGGCACGCAAUAAUGUGGGCCUUGGAGAGCCCAGUCCAGCCUCAGCCAAAACCCGGACAGAGGACACUAUUCCCGAUACGGCUCCCACUGAUAUCGGAGGUGGAGGCGGCACCAAGUCGGAAUUAGUGAUAACAUGGGAGCCUGUGUCCGAGGAAUUGCAGAACGGCGAGGGGUUCGGCUAUAUCAUCGCCCUCAGGCCCGCAGGCACGGUGACCUGGACGCGAGCCAUCAUCUCCACGCCCGGCGUUGCACGCUAUGUCUUCCGCAAUGACACCAUCCCGCCCUUUUCUCCUUUUGAUGUGAAAGUGGGAGCUUUCAACGACCGAGGGGAGGGGCCUUUCAGCUCUAUCGCCACAGUGUAUUCGGCGGAGGAUGUCCCCAGUGUAGCUCCGAAGAGGGUGGUACCCAGGAUUGUGUCCGCAACACAAAUCGAAGUGGUCUGGGAAGCUGUUCCAGACAUCGCUGAAAGAGUGCUUGGAUAUGAGGUCGUUUACUGGGAGGACGACACCAAGCCUGACACUGUAGGCAAAGUACGCAUCUCGGGAAACGACACCGUCGUGAACAUCACGGGGCUGAAUGCGAAUACAGCGUACUAUCUUGCAGUGUCCGCUUGCAAUACGGCCGGCCCCGGGCCGCAGUCGGUGCCGAUCAACAUCACCACAAAGAAACCACCACCUGACCGGGCACCUCUCAACGUCCAAUGGUCCAUGAUUGGCUCCACGCUCUCACUGCAUUGGGAUCCUGUUUUAGCCACGGAAAAAGAGUCACGCGUCACCGGCUAUAUGGUGCUGCUGAAAAGACACCGUCACAACGAUCUCAACUAUUUUGUCACCAAUAAAACCUCCGUGGAGCUCAGUCUGCCCGGCAAUGACAACUAUCUCAUUCAGAUCAAGGCCACGAGCGAGGGAGGUGAAGGUGCCGGCAGCGAGCCCGUCCACAUCCACAAAUUAAGCAUGGGAGCGCGAGGCUCAGGGGCGUGUUGUCCGAAGCCAUCCAACCUCUCUGCAACGCUCAUCAGCGCGCUGCUCUACUUUGUCUGGUGAUGUCUACUCAGUCCCUUCAGUCUGCCUGUCCGAAUUUUAUCCCUCCACUGGCGGGCCCGGGGGGGUUCAGAGAGAGCACUUGGGAUUCCUUCAGAAGGCACAACCGCUCAAGAACGCGUAUCGGUAGAGACGAUGUGACAAAGGUGUAAGAAUUUGGGUGCAUGAUACCUGCCAGUGUUUCAUUUGGACUUGGAUUUCCUUUUCCUGGUUAUCACAUGGACAUGACUGAUCCGACGUGUCUAUAAAGUAUAUGCCUGCCUUAAAAUCCAUUUGACACACGCACUCCAUACCAAGUUGGGCGAGAGGCCGCUUGCAUGGUGAAAUGUUCAUCAAGAAAAUGGAAGAUUAGUCAGUCCGUGGUCAUUGUUUGCUUCUCUCAAAAUGCAAUUUUAUGAGCCAGCGCUUUCACCAAAUUCAAUGUCGCGCCAUCAAAUAAAUCGACAGCACUUAGUCGGUGCUGCGACACGGAAAGAAAACGAUUCACUCGAUUGAGGAUCACCGUUUGAGACUGAAACGUAGCAAUUGUAUUGCUAAUUAACCAGCUCUGCCCCACAGCCAAAUAUGUUUCGCUCCAAUCUGUUGUCCGGCUCCGGACUUAUGCGCCCCCCAGGCCCUCUCCACAAUACCGUGAAAGAUGUUGCUACAUUCUCUCCGUCUCAUACCCUUAAAUAAUAAAUGUCCAUCACGCUCAGCUAGCGAAAAGCUUGCUUUUCACAGAAGGGAUAUGCUACCAUGUCGGACAAAUCCCAUGUCUAUUCUGCUUUUUAUUUUCAGAUGCCCACAGUAGCCCCCCCCCCCCCCAACCUUUUUUGUGUCACGGACCGGUUGAGACAACCACAGGCUGUUUGCGGACCAGCAGCUUUUUUUUUUCCCCCAUCCCUUUUAAAUUGCAAUGCUCCUGAAAACAAACAACGUUCAUUCAUUUGACGCAAUGUUAUUCUACCGCACAGCAAAUGUAGAGUAAAAUAAAAUAACACAGUGAACGACUAAGAAAUGGACCAAUUAGGACUCGCAAACCAAUGUUAAGAGACUCUGAUUGACUCGAGUCGCGCACAUUCCCGCCACAGCCGAUGGGAGUACUUUUGCUCACUGCUCGCAGUGCUGUCUCAGUGCGGCCCGGUCCCAAAUGGACCGAGGUCGUGUAAUCGGUCCGCAGACCGCUGGUUGGGCACCACUGACCUACAGUGCAAGUACCAUCAUCGAUGGUUACCUGGCCCAAUGCAUGAAUGACAGUGCCUUCACCUGACCCCACCCUUCUUUCAGUUGCUCAGACUCGACAUUGACAUCACAGGCAAGUCAUUGCCCACCUUUGCUUACGCAUUUUGCAUCACAAACACAACACUGGGUUGGAAAAAUGGGGAGAAGGGAAAUCGUAUGACGUAUAUUGAGCAAAUCUACUGACAUACAGUAGGUACCGCCCAAAGCGGUUGCUUUCUGAAAGCGGUGGGUAGUGAGUGAAGCAGGUGACAGUUUGAUUACAAUCUACACGGUGAGCCAAGUGUUUGUUGAAUUUACUCCGUUUUAUUUUGUUAAGUGGUUGCACGAAAUCAAAUCGGCUACAUCCUUUUUUUUCCAGUGUAGGGCUUAGGGUCCAAAAUAUACAUUGCCCUGACUGCAAGUGCAGCACAAAGCACGGCUACCGUUUUACUCCGAAGCUCUUACCAGAAUAAAUGGCGAGAACCGACAAAGAAGGAGUUCUCUACCCUUCAUCUCAAAAGACACUAAAGGGCUGCAAUGUGAUCACUGGAGUCUUCAUGGUGCCCAGAUGGAUGUUGAACGAUGCAACCGAGUGCCUUUGCUGAGCAUGGGACUGUGCGCGCAGUCAUCAGCUUUGAGGUUAUCAUCAUCAUCUGUAGUUUUUCUGGCUCCCGCCACUCCCAAAGUCACACAAAAAGCACACGCAGCUGAUGCAAGGUGACUGCACGUCCCCGCUUAGCCAUCUGAACAGGUGCGGGCCCGCCGCAAAAGUCCAAAAGGGCUGGCAUAAUCAGGCCUGACCUGUCGGCUACCUGACUGGUUUCAUAAGGCUCUGCGCGUGUCGGUCAAUGGAAUAUGGAUUUUUCAGUUUUCUUUCUAUUAUUAUAGCUGGCGUUUUUUGGAGUUACUUAGGUGAUUGAUAGCCUCCUUGACGUUCUCAUUUUGUUCUGUUGCCGUCGACGAUGUCCAUUCACGAGUGCACUACUUGGCUCAUUUAACGUGUGUGUUAUACAAUCAAUGUUUCCUUAAAACUUUUAUUGAAGGAGUUUUAGUGCAGUGAUUUACAUUUUUGGCUCAUCGAUUGUUGCGAGUAUAUCCUCAAAAAAAUGAUUGCUAUUAGCUUACUGCGCUACAUCACAAUCGCGGUGACGUUAUUUUUAAAACCCCUCCUACUUGGACACGCCAGUAUCCUUCAAAAUCGAAAUUCUAUGGUGAAAUUCCUGAAAAUUGUCCACUAUCAACAAGUUUCUUCCACAUAUCUGCUGGAAUUUUGGCCCCCCUCUUAUUUUGCUAGCUGCUCCAGGUCUCUCAGAUUUGAAGAGUGCCUCCUUACAACUGCCCGAUUUGAGAUCGCUCCACAGGUGUUCAAUGGGCUUUAGGUCUGGUUUCAUUGCUGGCCACUUUCAGAACUUUCCAGAGCUUUGUCUUUCGCCCUUUUGGGCACCCUUUGAAGCAUGUAUUGGGUCAUUGUCCCAUUGUGAGAUAACCCGUGAGGGACAUCCAGUUUUGUGACGCCAGCCCCUACGUCAUGCCUCAUAAUUCUUUGGUUGUCUUCAGAUUUCAUGAUAUCAGGCAUCAAAACAUCCCGAAACUUAUUGAGACAAUAUAUGAAACCACUUAACUGUCAUUUUUUUAGCAAGUCUGGCUCAUAGCUCGUAGCUUGGCACAGUUAAAAAUGGGCAGUGAGCGGCGCGGUGGGCAUAAACAGCCGGCUAACUUCACAGCCAAUCGGAGCGGCUCCUUUCAUUAGCUUUAAACUUGGCGCAGAAGAGGGUGACGGUCCUUGACGUAGGGAAAGCAGAAAUUGAUUUUACAUAGUCCAUGUCGUAAGCGCCCAUGUAUUAUCGUACGGCUGAGCUUUGUGUAUAGCAUUGAGUGAUUGUAAAUUCUUAGCGUUGUUCGAGCUCACAGGUUACCGUUUCUGGGUUUGACUUUGGAUGAAUGUGUCAACAGGAUGAGAGAGCCGAUGAGCAUCACGUGCAACUCUCUGUCAGUUCCGAAGUAUAACGUUAAAGUCUGGGGCACGAAAGCCACUGUGUAGUUACCCAGGAUGAGACUGUGGGGCAAUUGUGUUUUUCCGUCUGUUUAUUUUAGGACUCGUUCUGCUGGAAAAGAUAUGAUUUGUUGUUUUGUUUUGGGGUUUUUUUUUGGUGUGUUGUUAGUUUGUAGUACAAAAUGUCUGUAGUCGGCCUUAAAUCAGAAGGUGAUUUCCAAACAUCAACGGAAAGUGUCCUGAUUUCAAAAAGCAGCAAGUGCACUCGUCUUCAAAGGGAUGACAUUGUUGAGGUGCUUGUGGCUCGAAAGUGUAUUUCCUACAACUGUAUAUAUUUGCAUCUAUUUUUCAAGUACGGCCACCCAAGACAACCUUAUUGCUCUUAUAUAGUGUGUUCUCCAGCCUAAUACUGCUGUAUUAAUCAAUGAUCUCUGUGAGAUACUGACAUGGGAAUUUUGUAUUUUCAUAUUGAAAAGUAACCGUUUUGUCUUGUAUACUAAACUUGUGCAUGGUGAUAUUUGUUUGUGAAUUUGUGUUGGAUUUUUCUAAAUCGUAACUUAAUUAAAUUGUUUAUUCCGGC